AAGACAUGUCUAAUGUAACCAUCAUAAGAGAUUUCCUGCUUCUGGGAUUUUCAGAGCAAAGGGAACUCCAGAUCUUACACCUUGCAGUCUUCACAGCAAUGUACAUGGCAAUUCUCAUUGGAAACUUCCUCAUCAUCAUUCUGGUAGCUAGAACUACCCACCUUCAGACCCCAAUGUAUUUCUUCCUUGUCAACUUAUCAGUUGUUGACCUUGGAUCCACAACCGUCACCAUUCCCAGAUCAAUAGCUAAUGCCCUGAUGAACACAACACGUAUUUCUUAUUCUGAAUGUGCUGCACAAAUGCUUUUGUUUGUCGUCUUCAUGUCAUCAGACAUUUUCCUCCUCGCUGUCAUGGCCUAUGACCGGUAUGUGGCCAUCUGCCACCCACUGCACUAUACCUCUGUGAUGAAGUGGGGAAGGUGUAUUCAGCUGGCAGGUGGGGCAUGGGCAGCAGGCUUCCUUAAUGCUGCUUUGCACACAGGUACCAUUUUUUCACUGCCCUUCUGCUCCAACAUCAUCACUCAGUUCUUCUGUGAAAUCCCACACCUGAUGAAGAUCUCAUGUGCUAAUUCGUACUUGAAUGAAAUGUGGCCCCUUCUCUUUAGUUCAGCCUUAGGUCUUGGCUGCUUUGUGCUCAUUGUUACAUCCUAUGUUCAGAUCUUUACUGCAGUGCUGAGAAUGUCCUCGAAAGCAAGUAGACAGAAAGCGUUCUCUACCUGCAUUCCCCACCUCACUGUUGUCUCUCUCUUACUUAGUACAAGUCUCUUUGCCUAUGUCAUGCCAUCCUCCAGCCCUUCAUUUAAUCUGGAUGAAGUGCUUGUUGUGAUAUACUCAGUGUUUCCUCCAAUGAUGAACCCGUUAAUUUACAGCAUGAGGAAUAAGGAUGUCAAAACUGCCCUGCGGAAGCUGUUUUACCAGAAACUUCCAAACAAUAAAUCAGUUUCAUAG